GGAGCGGGUCCGGGCGCGGGGCUCCGUUCCGCUCCGUUCCUCCGUGCGACGCUGCGCGUUUUGUGCCCGCAGGAGCUGUUCGUGGAAACCAUCGCUAAGGACGCCUUUGUGUACGCCCAGCAGGGCAAGAGGAAAACCCUGCAGAGGAAGGACCUGGAUAACGCCAUCGAGGCCGUCGAUGAGUUUGCCUUUUUGGAAGGCGGUGCUGUUGCUGAGUUGCUGUCCUGAGGGCUCCUCUGUGCUGCUGUGCUGUUCCCAUGGCACCAAUGUGGUUUGGCAGGGAUGCUCUCCCAUGGCAUUUUGCUUUACUGAGCAUUUCCCCAGGGUUUCUGUCUGAGGAAUCCCAGUUCUCCUCCAGGCACUACACAUGAGCUCCAAGGAGGCAUGGAUUGUUUUGGGGGCUGCACAGCUUCCAUGCAGUUAUGUGAUGGCUGCACCUGCAAGUGAUCACAGUUGGAUAACAAUAAAUCCCCAGUUUUGAAGGCAAUGUC